GUCAUUAGUUAUUUGACGGUUCUACUCUACGGACUCUACGGUGCUCUCUGCGUUGCGCGUUCUAGCGGUGUCUUUUUGUCAAUCAGCACAUUUUGCUGCUAGAUUUUUUGCAGAUUGACUGCAUCAUUGUGAUUAUAAUUACUGUUCCUGAAACGUUAAUUGUAUUCUUUCACAUACUCUAGGCAGGUUGGGAAAAUGGUGAAGGAAACUACAUAUUACGACAUCCUUGGUGUGAAACCCAACUGUACUACAGAUGAACUGAAGAAAGCUUAUAGGAAAUUAGCUCUCAAGUACCAUCCUGACAAAAAUCCCAAUGAGGGCGAAAGAUUUAAGCAGAUUUCACAGGCCUAUGAAGUUCUUUCAAACCCAGAAAAAAGGAGAAUUUAUGACCAAGGCGGUGAGCAAGCCCUCAAAGGGGGCGGUGCAGGCGCCAGCGGCUUCUCGUCUCCCAUGGACCUGUUCGACAUGUUCUUCGGAGGCGGCUUCAGCGGCGGGCGGCGGCGCGGCCGCGAGCGCAAGGGCAAGGACGUCAUCCACCAACUGUCCGUCACCCUGGAGGAGCUGUAUCGAGGCGCUGUGAGGAAGCUAGCGUUACAGAAAAACGUCAUUUGUGAUAAGUGUGAAGGACGUGGUGGAAAGAAGGGGUCGGUGCAGACGUGCCCGACGUGCCGCGGCACGGGCAUGCAGGUGCAGAUCCAGCAGAUCGCGCCCGGCAUCAUCCAGCAGAACCAGACCGUCUGCAGCGAGUGCCGCGGCCAGCGCGAGAUCAUUGACCCCAAGGACCGCUGCAAAGUGUGCCAGGGUCGUAAAACGGUUCGCGAUCGGAAGAUUUUGGAGGUGCAUGUUGAUAAGGGUAUGACUGACGGACAGAAGAUUGUGUUUAGUGGUGAGGGUGACCAAGAACCCGAGUUGGAGCCCGGUGAUCUGAUUAUUGUUUUGGAUGAAAAGGAACAUGACGUAUUCAAAAGAUCAGGAAAUGAUCUUAUAUUGCGCUUGAAUAUAGAGUUGGUGGAGGCGCUGUGUGGGUUCCAAAAAGUGAUCAGGACGUUAGACGACAGGGACAUUGUCAUUACGGUCAUGCCGGGCGAAGUGACCAAGCAUGGUGAAGUCAAGUGUGUAUUGAAUGAGGGCAUGCCAAUGUACAAAAAUCCGUUUGAGAAAGGCCAACUGAUAAUACAAUUCCUAGUUAAUUUCCCCAAUCGCAUUCCACCUGAAGUUGUUCCUGCUCUAGAGAACUGCCUACCACCUCGGCCUAGGAUCGAGAUCCCGGAGCUGGCGGAGGAGUGCACGCUGCUGGAGCUGGACCCGGAGCAGGAAGCGCGACGACGCGGACGCGGGGCCGGGGGGGGGGCCGGGCUCGGGGCCGCCAGCGACGACGACGACGCGCCCGGCGUCAACCGCGUGCAGUGCGCCACCAGCUAGGCGAUACGGCCCCGACACACUAUUUUUUUCGAAAUAAUUUACUUAUUCAUGAACGAUAAGUGCGUCUCCCAGUAUUUUUUGUUCUCGAUUGGCUAUUCAAAUGGAUUUAAAAAAAUUGGUUGGACUUGCAAUACAGAAAUCUAUAAAAUUACUAGCGGCCCGUCCCGGCUUCGCUCGGGUAAAAACAUAAUAAAUCAUACACCUUUCACAGGAAUCACACUAUCUAUUGGGGAAAACUGCAUGAAAAUCCGUGCAGUAGUUUUUGUGUUUAUCGCGAACAGACAGACGCGGCAGAGGACUUUGUUUUAUAAUAUGUAAGGAUACUAAUAUUACCUAUAAGGUAAGGAUACUAAUAUACAAAAGUCUGUCUGUCUCGUUUUCACGGUUAGGCUGCUAAACUGAUUUCUAUGAAAUAGUAAAGGCUGCAGGUUACAGCUAAGUCUACUACGCGGGCAAACCAUAGAUUCGUCAAAUCUCUUGGCGCGAAUUGUACAUGUUCAGAGGAAUCCACAUACGACGCGAAUCUUUAAAAACACCACAUCUUGUGCGAAAUCCUUCGAACAUACGUGCUUAUUGCUUUCGUUACUACGAAUACUUAUUAAUGAUAAUUAUGCCUAUGACCCAUCUGUUAAAGCGCGUCCACGUGACUUAUAAGGACUAAUCUCCGUCGGAGUGAAAAACAGAUAUAUAUUUCAACAAACAAUUCAGUUUUGUAAUACAAUCACAUUGGAAUAAAACAAAAUUAGUACAAUAAAGAAUUUAUCUAAAAACACAUCUCGGCUCGGAUGAAGAUCGGUCCCGAAUGUCGCGCAUAUUCAACCUUUUUCAGUCGUACUUCCACCGCACAUACCCGUAACAGAUUAAAGGCUGAAUACUCGCUACUUUUAUGCGUUGCCAAACAGAUUAAAGCUAUCCAGAGCUGUAGCCGGAAACAAUGAGCAGAUUUCCAGAAUAUGUACGAAAAUUCAUUCAUAUGAAAAAAUAUAUAUGCAAUAGUCAUAAAGUCGCCGGUAAUUAGUUAAUUAUUAAAAAUCGUUUUCUACUUUUUUAUUUUGCUCUAUUCUGCUCUAUUUCUCUACAGCACGUCAAAGGGUAUUUGACCUUGUAUUAUCUGCCUUAAAAAGUAUUAGAAAUUUCCAUAAGCUAUGUUUCAAUAUACUAUUAUAAUAAGACAAGGAAUGAUAAGCUAUUGCACGAAUAAUUAUUGCAGAUAUUGAUUUUGUAUUGGGGAUUUAUUAUUUUAAUUUGCUACUAGUACAAUUGUUAGAAAGGGAUAAGAAUGUUAAUGACUUUUGCUUGUGAAGUAUUUUAAUUGGAUCUAUUUUCUCAAAUAGGAGAUUUAUGAUUGGCAUAUAACACAUUACUACUUUAUUUUCAUAAUUUAGAAAUGUAAUGUACAUUUUCAUCAAAUAGGACUGUUCAUUUAUUGAUAUGAACCAUAAAAUGUCUAUUGUCUAUGUCAAACAGCCAAACUAUUUCACAAAUUGCGUAAAUUACUGUUACUAACCGAAAAGCAAUAAUUAUAACUAAAUAACAAGGUAGAAAUACACUUGGAUGCUUAACGUGGGCAACAAAAAUACAAUAAAAAACUAAAAUUAAGCUAGUUUAAUAUUAGGGUGAAAUGCUUGAGUAAAUUAGUUUUAUAUAAUAGCACUCCACGGGGGUCCAUUGGCGAAAAGUGAAUU